CCGCCUGAAUAAUUCAUCAUUGAUGUUAAAAUUGUGUGCAGACCGCAUGGAAAGCAAACCACGUCCCCAGGAUUGUUAUGAUUUUGUUCUUAACGGUUAGUAGCGUCGUUGUAACCUUAUUUGCUACAUUAGCACGAGUGAGGCUCGGUUGCAGCAUGCCAAUCAAUCCAUUGAUUGAAGAUGCGGUGGACCAGAAGCUCGUCGUCGUCGUCGUCAGCGGCUCGAUUGCGGUGGACGCGACUAAGAUGCUCUUCGUCCGCUGAGUCCGAGAGUGUCUGAGCGCACGGAUUCCUCCCCCCCGCCAUGAAGUCUGACAUGCUAGCGAAUGCUCACAAAUCGGGAGAUGGACAAACGUCCAAGGCGAAGACCGCCAGGAAGCCCGGAGAGCGGAGCGCGGCUGCAAAGGGGAAGACCGCGCCGACCGGGGCGCCCGUCUUGAACGGCGCCACCGGAGCCGUGGGGGCCAGGCGGACUGUUGCUGGUCCAGCUCGCUCCCACGGGAUGAAAGAGACGGAGAAGAAGGCCGAUACUGGGACCAGACCAAAGACCUCCCCUCCCAGCUGCACGUCCAGAGCCUCAUCCACAUCAGAAAAUGGCAGCGGUGGCAGAAGCCCUCGAAACGGCGCCGUCUCCAUUGCAGGAGCAAAGCCCAAACCGCAGUCCAAGCCGCUGAACAAAGCAGCACUGACCACAUCAGAUUUGACAAAGCAGACCAGCAGCAGUCCAACCAGCAGGUCCAGGGUGAAAGAAGGCAUCAAGUUAAAGUCUGGCGCAGUUGAGGGUGCUGUGGCAGGAACAACGAGAGCAAGAGGAGACGCCAAAGUCAAAGGAGUCCAAGACAACCAUGUCGCCAAGCCCGCAGCUCCUGGGAAAAAGCAGACUUUGAUCAGGAAAGAUUUAGAGAACUUGAAAUCAUCCGUACCGACCAAACCGUACGGGGAAAGUGCCAAGAAGGUCUUAACCGGAGCCUCGGCUAAAUCCGCUUCUAAACCAACCAAAGUGUCGACACCGCCUCCUAAGCAACCCUCAAACAAGUCGGCACCAAAGCUUAGGAGUACCACGGAAUCUGCGAGCGCGUCACCAAAAUCAGGAGCAACUGUUAGAAAUACGAAAGGCCCGGGAGUUAAGGAAACUGGUAAGAGUUUAGACUGUAAAACUGAACAAGACGAGAAUGGAAGUGGAGGAAUGGUUAGCUCUAAGGAUCUGGCAGCACCACCUCCAAGCAAAGACUCAGAUUCCGUCAGCCUCAAUCUGGACUCGACUUCUACGUCUGGUGUCCAGGAAACUGAAAAGCAGUCCACAAACGGAACACGAGAGCCUAACACUGCGUCGCAAGCAGUCAAAUCGGUUACUAUUGUUAAAAAGUCCGAAAGCCUCACGUGUGUUCGAUCUCCAAGUACCCCCGUAGACAAUCCCUGCAGUGUCGGGAGCACUGGCACACCUCUGGAGGAGUCCUGGAGCGGCAUCCAGCCGCAUGUCAGCCCGGCUUCCGAGACUGGUAGCACGCAUUCCACCUCCUCGGACGACAUCAAGCCCCGCUCCGAGGACUACGACGCGGGCGGCUCCCAGGACGAUGACUGCUACAAUGAACGAGGGGUCUCCAAGUGCGGCACCAUGCGCUGCCACGAUUUCCUGGGGCGCAGCAGCAGCGACACGAGCACGCCCGAGGAGCUCAAGAUGUAUGAGAGCGGCGCAGGGUUGAGAGUGGAGGUCCGGAUACGCGGACGGGAGGCGGAGACCACCAGCGAGGAAGAGGGAGCCAGGCGUCGUCCCCCGUCAUGGUUGCAAAGGGAAGAGCGUCCGAGGGAUGCCACGACGGCAAACAGCGUCCCUGAGCAACAGAUGUCCGAGGAGGACGAUGACGACGAAGAAGAGACUGAGGAGGAGCAGUCCGAAGUGGAGGUGGUCCCCGUUCAGUGUCUGACCGAGCCCUUGCCGCCCUUUCAAGGGAUCGUCAACCUGGCGUUCGACGACGACGUAGCCGCCGACCAGGACGACGAGCAGCCGGACUUUCAGUCUGCUUCCAAUUUCCGCCGUUCCGUUUUGCUCUCUGUGGACGAGUGCGAGGAGCUCGGCUCGGAAGAAGGUCCCCAGAGCCCUCAAGACCCCGAGGACGCAGCCACCCCGUGUGACGUUUUCGAGUUGGACUCCGUCACUCCGCAAUACCAAUGCGGCUCGCCCGAUCCACGCCAAAAUUCAGGUACCGCACAACAUCGGCGAGGUGAGAUGGGGCAAGAACAGCCCACAGAGUUCAUGACGGAGAUUCAGAAAGCAAGUAAGGAGAGUCAAGGGGAAGGGGCCGGGACCAGCUCCACCGCCGAUGCCGCCAGAGACCCCCCACCCCAGGAGCGGCCGUCUCACCUGGACCUGCGGCAGCCGUUAACCAACGGAACCAGGAAGAAGGCGGACUUGCAUCUAGACUUAAAUGAGCCCCAUUUGACGGCGGACCAACCCAUUCACGCUGCGCAGUCACCAGCAGGCGACAUUGCUUGCGACAGAUUGGAUCUAGGCGGCGGCAAACGCGAGCGGACGCCGUCCAACAAAGCCCUGUCCCCCAUUUACGAGACGGACGCGGGCCAGGCGUUUGCGCACCGCACGGGCGAGGACAGAACAGGACAAGGAAACGCUGAGCGCAAACCCAGCGAGUUUGCCGAGCGGGACUGGAGCCUGCUGAGGCAGCUCCUCGCGGACCAGGACUCCAAUCUGGGCGUGAUCAACCCGGUGCCCGAGGAGCUCAACCUGGCCCAGUACCUCAUCAAGCAGACGCUGUCCCUGUCCAGGGACUGCCUGGACCCCGGGGCCUUCCUGUCCCCGGAGAGGGAGACCUUCAAGCGCUGGGCGGAACUCAUCUCGCCCCUGGAGGACUCGUCGACCAGCAUCACGGUGACCAGCUUCUCCCCGGAAGACGCCGCCUCGCCGCAAGGGGAGUGGACCAUCGUGGAGCUGGAAACGCACCACUGA